GCGCGCGCAAAACUCACCCUUAUCCAGCAAAUCCUCCGUCUUCUCCGCCUCGGGCCCCCCGCCCGCCGCCUCGUUCAGCCGAUCCGACCACUUCUGAAAGACGGAUUUGUUCUUCUCCUCCUGCUGGCGCUGCCAGCGCGCCUCCUCCUCCUUCUCCCGCCCCGUCACCUUGUCCAUCAGCUUGGUCUUGAAGUCGCGGUUGGCGAGCUCCUCUUCAUGCGCCUUGCGCUCCGCCUCCUCGCGCUCUUGGCGCUCGCGCUCGCGCUCCUCUUUGCCCGUGAUGCGGUCCAGGAACGACGCCUUCGUGUGCUCGCCCUCGGCGUGGAAUUUUGCGUUUUCCGCUUCGGCCGAGCCGUGCUGCUGCUGUCCGUCGUUGUCUUCGCCUUCAUCCUUCUUGCCGCCGCCCAUCAGGUUGCUCAAAAACCCUCCGCCCUCCUUGUGCUGCUGCUCCGAGCUGCCGCUGCCCCCCUCGCCCGCCGCAGCAGGGUGGUACUGCGCGGCGUCGUAACGGCGCUGGGCCUCGAUCUCGGCCUGGGGGUCCUUUUCGCCGCGGCCGGCAAUGGCCGUGGUGAUCUUGUCGAGGAAGCCCGAGUGCUGCUCGUGCUCGGCGGGCUCGGCGGCGGCGGGGUGCGUCGUCGCGGCGUCGAUGUGCUGCUGUUGUUCGUGCUGCUCGGCGGGGGCGUCGCUGCCGUCCUCGUGCUUGAACUUGUGGAUGAAGUCCAUGGCGUGUUUGCUUGUUUGUUUGUGUGGUUGCGUGUGCGGGUGUGGUUGUGCGUGUCGAUGGAUAGCUCAAUGGCUCAAGACGGUGCAAUUGGCCCUCUCAGAAGCGUGUACGUACUUCGUAGUAUGAGAGAAAGAACGAAGAAGAGGAAGCAGACGCACACGCACACACGCCACGACCCCUCCCUCUACAUAUACCUAGUCAAGCAAAGCAAAAAAAACUGCCCACAGCCUACCAGCUACCCCACUCCCCGCGGGCCAUGGCCACCAGCAGCACCACCACGCGCACCUCCGCCGCCCAUCGUUAGUCGCCCGUCGCCGCAAGCCGUGACGUGUCGGCUGCCUACCUACGCUACUGGCGACUCGCGAGACGGCUCACGAAUCAGCGUCCCGCGCACCCGCGACUCAGGCAUGUGGAGCUGCAAGUCUGAGCUGAAACGCGCUUGUGCGCGGCGGUAUGAGGCCGGUGCUUUGCGCUGCACAGCCACGGUUGGUGGAGGGGAUUGCCGGACGGUUGAGGGUGAUGAUGGGGAUGGUGAUGGUGAUGGUGAAGGUGAGGUGCGGGAGGAAAAGGUACAUAGGUUGCGUUUGCUUCGUCCAUUGGUGGACAGAAGCGCAAGCAAGCACAAUAGAUCGCGCGUCUAAGUAUGGUCUGCUCCUCUGCACCACACCGUACGAACAAGCCCUCCAAAACCACAGACACAGACACACCACCGCAGCAAGUCAACAAACGCACGCACGCACGCACACACCACCACCAAGCCCAAGCGCCGCCUUCUACAAACAUUUGUACAAUACGGACACAGCCGCGCACACACCACCACCACCACCACGACCAGAAACGGCGGCGCACGCACGGCCGCGGGAGCGAGCGAGCGAGCGAGCGAGUAGCGAGGACUGUAGCGAAUAGCGAGUAGCGUAGCGAGUAGAGUAGAGUAGCGAGUAGCGCC